AUGGACUUUACAGACCUAUACAAACAUGCAUCCCAACUAUGUGCAUUCUCACCUUCUGGGUCCCAUAUACUCACAGCAACAUAUGAUCGACUAAUCAUCCGCCUGGCAUCCACACUACAGAUAAUGCGCACGUGGGAGAUCGAUCCUGCACCGUCCCCGUCAUCCCAGAUCCUCAAGGCGAAGCCUACCCCAUCUGGGAGGAACAACGCUCCAUCUUCCAAUGGAACCAAGAGUGGUGGUAUUACCGCAAUUGGAUGGAGUGAAGAUGAAGAGUAUGUGCUUGCUUGCUUAGCAGGGAGAGGAGUGGUCGAAGUGAGAAGCGCAAGAGAGGGCGAGGGGGAGGAGACCUGGGAGGCAGGGAUCGAGGCAGGUGCUGAGGGACUUGUCAGAGCGGAAUUUGCACUCGAUGCGAGAAAUAUCCUGUGCUGGUCAGAAUGGGGUUUACGACUGACGAUUCACUCCUUGAUUUCUGGCCAGUCAACUGUCAUCCCUCAACCAACAUAUCCAGACCGAGCGUAUGCGUUUUCGCUCGAUGCGGGAUGGCUUGUGCUUGCAACCCGUAAAGGAGGGAAGGAUUUUCUGAAUGUGCAUGAUCCGUUGGAGAGGUUUGCGCUCGUACGGCAAUCGCCGUUACCAACGACGUCUCUCGUGGAUUUCAGUCUAUCUCCAGACGGCCUCUAUGUGGCAUGCUGGGAAUCCCUGCUUGAUUUCAAACUCCAUAUCCUAGCACUUGACGGUCGCCUACAAGCAACAUUCACCCCUCCUGGCCCUUUUGCAGAAACAGGACUCGGCGUACGGUGCGUGAGCUGGCAUCCCAAUUCUGGAUUCGUGGCCGUAGGAGGGUGGGACGACAAGCUGCAUAUUCUGGCGAAACUGGCGGACUGGAGGGCGGUGGCUACACUAGAGAUGAGUGUGAAGCUCGGGGCGGAUAGUGGGAUCAACGCGUGGCGAGAACCAUCAGGUUGGCUAGAAGCGACGAUGCACCGUGGUUUUGUCCAAUAUUCUCCCGCUUUUCUCCCUCUCUCACUCCCGUCUGUUCGGCCCGACCCUUCUCGCGUCCCUCUGCGAAGUGGUGCCUCCUACCUCUCCUUCUCCCCGUGCGGGCGCUACCUGCUCGCGCGAUCCGACACCACCCCGAAUGCAGCGCACAUCUUCUCCUUCCCCCCUCCGAGCCUGCCCUUCUUUCCCCAACUGCACACUGUCCUCCUCCACGAGCGCAAGGUGUUUACUGCUCUGUGGAAGCCUGGCCAAGCGGGAGGCUACAAGUUGGCACUGGGAUGCGAGGGGAAGGGAGCGGUGUAUUUGUGGAGUGACGAGAAUGAGUGGGAAGGGGAUGAGGACUCAGAUGUGCGGCAGGGGAUGGCAGACUGCUGUAGUGUUCCCGCCCGCAAGUUUGAGCUGAAGGAGCUCGCUUGGUCGCCGGAUGGGAACGGCCUGCUGCUGUUCGACAAGGACACGUUCUGCUGUGCGUUUGAGGUGCCUGCCGAUCAACAGGAGCAGGCAGACCAGUAA